AUGAACAUUCGGCGGGCGAGAGUAGAAGACCUCAUGGGGAUGCAAGCCUGUAAUCUCCAGAAUCUGCCCGAGAAUUAUACCAUGCGAUAUUAUUUGUACCACAUCUUGACAUGGCCUUCUUUGUCAUACGUUGCUGAAGACCAAGGAAGGAUUGUUGGGUAUAUUCUUGCCAAAAUGGAAGAGGAACCUGCUGAAGGGGAACAUGCGCAUGGUCAUGUCACAUCCAUAUCUGUUCUAAGAUCGUAUAGACGGCUUGGCCUUGCUAAAAAAUUGAUGAUACAGUCUCAGGAAGUUAUGACAACGGUAUAUCGUGCUGCCUACGUAUCCCUACACGUCCGAAAAUCCAACCGAGCUGCCCUCAGUUUAUACAGAGACACGUUGGGUUUUACGGUCAAAGACAUAGAGAAAGGGUACUAUGCCGAUGGGGAAGACGCGUAUGCAAUGCAACUGUCACUAAAACUUUGA